UUUUACUUGUUAACCUCAGCAAAUUAAACUUCCAUCGUUCAUCAGACGGGUAAUCAUCCAAAUUCUGUCGUUAUCAUCCGAAUUCAACACUUAAACAAACCAUGAAGAGCUUCUUCGGAAUUGCGGCCAUUGCCGCAGGUACCCAAGCUCUUGUCACUCGCGGUGGUAGCUGCUGCUUCCAUUUGACCGCUUCGGGGGGUUCAUCUGGCUCUGUGGGACAGCUUAGUGACGGACAGAACCGCAUCGGAGACAACAGUCUGUCUCCUGCAGAAUUUUGUAUCGACUCAGGCUCUAUCACUGAUGGCAGCGGCCGCGGCUGUAUCCUAACACCACCUACUACCCAGUUUCAGUGUGACGUGGGUGCCACUCCCACUGCAGGCUUCUCUAUUAACUCCAUGGGAUUGCUGGAGUUCGACGGCAGCACCAAUUUUGUUGCUUGCGAGACUGGCCAGAACGGAGGUCUCAACAUCUAUACUACCGAAAGCUCCGCUCUCAGCAAUUGCAAGACCAUCCAAUUGACGGCCGACUCGUGCGCCACCCCACCUCAGACCACGACCACUCAAUCCUCAGCUGCAACCACUUCGGCCGCUAAUACUGGCUGUGGCACCACUUUGACCUCGAACAACUUCGAAUUCCCUCACUUGAUCAUCCCCAUUGACUCGUCCUCUCCCAAUACUGCUGCUGGUACCAAGUUCAAUGGCAAAGUGACGUCGUCCGUCUCGAGUAUCUUCAACUUCGACAUCCCCAAGUCGGACUCCGGCAAGACCUGCAGCUUGGUCUUCCUAUUCCCCAGGCAGUCGGACCUUCAGACAUCAUCCUUUACCUUUAGCGGCGAUGGUAAGGUCGAUUUUGCUGAGCUGUCAAGCGCUGCCACUACUUCUACCACCUUCAACAAUGCUCCUUCGGUCUCCGAGGAUCUUGGCACAAUUACCGUCUCGCCAGGCAACUCAUUCGUUGUCUCCACCUUUUCUUGCCCUGCGGGCAAGACUGUCGCCUUUGAGAUGAAGAAUGCUGGGAGCACUAAUUUUGAGUUCUUCCAAGACUUCAAUCCCUCUCCUAUCGGCCUCUUUAUUACAGUUUGCUAAAGCAAACACCCGAUGUAAUAUGAAAAGCAUACCAAGAUUAUGCAUGUAUUUGUUGAUUUAUAUCUUUCUUUUCAUGAAAAAAAAAGAAAAAGAAAAAGAAACAACUCAUGGUGCAAUAAUUCGAUAUGCUUACUCCGGUCAGGUUCCACUGCCCCGUUGGUCGAUUUUUUAGUUGGUGAUUUGAUCCAAUCUCCUCGAAUCUCAUGUACUUUAUCUGUGAAUCAGCUUUUUGAAAGCAAAGGAUGCUGUCUCCUUAUAUGUAAUAUCAGUGAUGCCCUACGCUAGUG